AUAAUAAUUUCUCCGGCUUUCAAUUCCCCAAUUCUCCGGCACUCUUCUUCUCCGUCCGGCACCUCCCCAUCCACGGUUCAUGGCGGCUGCUGAUUCCGAUGUCGAACACAAAGACGCAAUAAUAAUGUGCGGCUACCCGAAACCUAUAUCGCCGCCGUACCCGGUACUGUCGAAGGACGUUGAGCUCCGCCGCGCAAGGUUGGCGGCCGCUAGAUCGGCCGCAUACUCCUUUUCUUCAGAUGAUAUCAUCUUUGAGGACGAAUGGCUCCUUGUCGUCAAGAAACCCUCGGGGAUCUAUUGCGAAACCCUAAUUUCUUCUCUUUCGUCGUCUUCAAAAACAUCAACACUGCAAUCAAAUCUCCAUCUAGCUAACCGACUGGAUAGAGAUACCAGUGGUCUAAUGCUCAUAACCAAAUCAAACAAAGCUUCUGCCAAAUUACUGAAGGCAUUCACCGAUCACAAGGUCAAGAAAACCUACCUUGCAUUAUGUGUUGGAAAUGCUCCAGUUUGGGAGAAGAUGAAGAUAAGUUCAGGACAUGGAAGGUCCAGAUAUGGAGCAUGGCGAGUUUACUCUGCAUCAGAUGUUGGUAGAGUUCUUCCCGGAGGUUCGCGGGUGAAGUCGAUACUCACGUCCUUCGAAAUCCUUUCUGUCAACAGACGAGGGAAGUUUCAAGCACCAAACGAGGGCAAUAUGGAUGAGCUGCAGUCUGUAAUGGCUGAAGAGGGAGGAAGCAACAAUGGUGGAACUGAGGGUGAUGAGAAAGAUGAUAUUUUGGUCAGAGCUUAUCCUGAGAGUGGAAGAACUCAUCAGGUACGUCUCCAUUGUCAGCAUCUAGGGUUUUCAAUAAGAGGUGAUGUGAAGUAUGGAGGUGUUCAUGAGUGGAAGGGAAGGGAUUGUGAUUUCCAUGCCUUGCAUGCUGAGAGCCUUUCGUUUGAACAUCCUAUUACUGGUUUGGAUGUUUCUUUCUUUGCCCCUUCUCCUUCAUGGGUUAGUGAGGCUUGUUGUGCAACAUUGAAUGAGUUAUGAUAAUCUUUUUUGGAAUAUUCUUAUGUA